GGACUCAACACUCCCUCCCUCGCGCAGAUCGGCUCCAGCAUUCGGAAGGGUUCGACCCAAACCCAUACGGCCUGGCGCCAUGCCUGACAUGGCAGAGAGGGAGAAAACUAAGGUUCGGUUCAUCGGUUUGUCCUCAAAUGAAUGAAGCCGCUGACUAUUGUAAGACAAAGCAACUCUGACAGCAGUGGAAUGUCCUCCCGUUAUGUCACGGUGGACAGCCUGUGGCUCAGUGGAAAUGCGAGGGCCCGCUUCAGCCCUUCCUCUGGCUCCAAACAUGACUGGAUUGGGCCUCCGGACCGCCUGUCAAACCUGCGGCCAAUCAUCUACCACAUACCUGAGAAUGAGACGCCCCAGGAGCGGAGGCUCAGGCACCUGCGGCAGGAGACCGAAGACUGGAACCAUCAGUUCUGGACCAAUCAGAACAUCACAUUCAACAGGGAGAAAGAGGAGUACAUACUGGCUCAACUGAAGGCCAAGGGCCUGGCGGAGAGAGAUGAGAACGGGAAGAAGCACACUCUUAACAGUGAGCAAAUGGCCGUGUUCUACAAGGACUUCCUUGACCAGAACUACAAAAGGCACUCCAGCUACAACAGAGAGUGGUACAGGCGGAACUUCACCAUCACUCUGCUGAUGGCCAGGGUGGCCCUGCUCCGGGCCUGGAGACGGCUGGGGGGGGGCAGACCUGCCGCAUGAACACCCCCCCCCC